UUCCUUGCGACGCUCAUACAUCCUCACCAUGAAGCUCCUGUCACUGUUUCUGGUCGUGAUGGUGACCCUGUCUGGCCUGAUCGGCUGGGCCAGCGCGAUGCCUAACCCCGACCCAGAGGCUGACCCAGCUGGCUUUGGCAGGUUACAUGGCAGAGGCAGUGGUCAUGGCUUCCACAGGGGACACGGCCAUGGAGUUGGAAGAGCUCAUGGCCAAGCCUUUGCCAGAGGUCACAGUCGUGGCUUCGGUGCUCAUGGCCAAGGUAUUUACGGAUAAUGAAAAGGACACCAGAUAUCUACCAUUGCAAUCAACCCACAUGUAUACUAGAAUAGAUACAUUGGAUUGUUAUACUGUACCGUGGUGGAAUUCACCUCUUUGUUCCAGAAAUAAAUUAC